CAUUUCCUACACUUACUUUUGUUGUUAUAUAUAUUAUUAUAUCAAAUACUUUCUACAAACUACUAAAUUAAAGUAAAGUAUAUGCCCCAUAAUUUAUGUGAUCAUGAAUUUUGAUCUUGGUCUUGCUCUUGGAAUUGGCUUCCAUGAUCAAGAGAAGAAUUGCAUGAAGAGAAAGGAGGAUGAUCCAUCAAGAAAAUGCAAUAAUAAGGCAUACCCAUCUCUUACAUUAGGACCAGCAAUAAUUGAUGAUGAUGAUAAUCAUAAUCAAGGUUCAAAGAUUAUUGAAGACUCUAAUAAUUCUUCUCCAAGUGCAGUGUCAUCAUUUUCCAACUCUUCUAUCAUAAUCAAGAAGGAGAAAGAUCAAGAAUUUGAGGUUGAGAUUGAUGAGAAGGCUCCAUCAUCAUCAAGGGAUGAAGAUGGUAACAACACAAAAAGGAAGAAACUUAGGCUCACAAAAGAACAAUCUACAAUCUUGGAGGAAAGCUUCAAGAACCAUUCUAAUCCCAAUCCGAAGCAAAAGCAAGAAUUGGCAACACACUUGCAUCUGCUGCCGAGACAAGUGGAGGUAUGGUUUCAGAACAGGAGAGCCAGGACAAAGCUGAAACAAACAGAAUCAGAUUGUGAGUUCCUGAAGAAGUGCUACGAAAGUCUAACAGAAGAGAAUAAGAGGCUCCAAAACGAGCUUCAAGAACUCAAAUCAAUGCAAACAACAACACCCUUUUCCAUGCAAAUUCCACCAACAACUCUUACUAUAUGCCCUUCUUGUGAGACAAUUGCUAAUAAUAAUAAUAAUAAUAAUAAUAAUAAUAAUAAUAAUAAUAAUAAUAAUGGGGAAUUAUUGCUUAUAAGUUCAAAAGCUCAUCAACAUCAUAAUCAUUUCUACAAAAAUAAUGGAUAUCCAUUAUUCAAACACUCAUCAUCCGCAACAUGCUAGAUUUACAUAUAGAAGGCUAUAAACACUAUUCAGAAUUUUCAGGGGAAUUAUUGUUAUGGGUAUUUAAUUUUGUGAUAUGGUGGUGAGGUGGUCAAUUAUAUAUCACUUAAUUAGCUAAGUGUAAUGUAAUUAAAUCUAGCUUAGUAGUAUAGAGAGCUCCCAUGUGAUU